AUGCCGAUUGCGGAGGCAGGAUUGCGGCGGAUCACAUUCAAACUUCUGGGAACCGGAUGUGUAGGCAUCGGAAUCGCCGGCGCUUUUCUGCCGCUCCUUCCGAGCACAAUCUUUUUCAUCAUGGCCGCCGCCUGCUUUGCCAAGUCCUCUCCGGCCCUUGAAGCGAAGAUACUCGAUCACCCUGUAUUCGGUCCGCCGGUGAUCGCAUGGCGGGAGCAUGGUGCCAUUCAGCCCAAGGCAAAGGUGAUUGCGAUCAUGGGCAUGAUAUUCGGAUAUGCAAUGUUCUUCUGGUCCGCUUCGCCUGCUCUCUGGCUCGCCGUGAUCGUGGCUCUCUUCAUGAUCGGCAGCGCGGCCUAUGUGCUUUCCCGCCCCUCCGGACCCAAGGCACAGACCCCGGGUGCAUCGCCAGGUUAA